AUGCUCACCCAACUCCUACUUUCCGUUGCCUUGCUCCCAUUCUCGGCGCUCGCGCAAGGCGAUACCUCGAUUGCUGCUAUCGAGGCUCACUUUGAACAAGCUCACAUCGUAGAGGACUAUCUUACAUCGUUCUCCCCUAGCGCUCUGCUUGAUCUAGAGUACGAAGGCGUACCUGCAGGGCCUCUUACUCCCGGGCAGAACGUAACACUUGACCAGGUUGAAACGACGCCCAUUGUUACGAUUACUGCCCCCGAUGGUGAUGCCCUCGAUGGAAACUAUACCCUCGUCAUGUUCGAUAUCUUUGCUGUUGGUUCUGGGCUUGACCAAGGUGUCGUUCGACACUGGUUGGUAAACAGCGUUACCGUCGAUGAUGAUGGCGCAGUUGACCUCACGAAUGGAACCGUGAUUACUGAGUACGGAGGCCCUAACCCGCCAUCUGGGUCUGGUGCUCAUCGCUACAUCGUCGCUCUUUACGAGCAACCAGCUACCUUCACACCCCCGGAAGAUUUUGCCGAACCUCUUCCUCUCGAACUCUUCGACUGGCUUCAAUACGUCGAGGAUGCCAAUCUCGGACCCCUUGUUGCAGCAAACUACUUCACAGUCGCAGUUGGCGACCUGCCUGACGACGUGCCAUCGACUUCUGCUGUUGAGAGCUCGACCUUGGGUUCUGGGUCCCCCUCUCCAACCAGUAGUAGUCCUACCGGAAGCACGAGCACCGACAGCAACGUUCCUACACCAACCAGUGACGACAAUGACGGCGACAACGACAAUGACAACCAAGACGACGGUCAUGCGUUUAAAUCCAGCGUCUUCUCGGCUCCUCUCCUGGCCAUCGCGACUGGCUUCGUGUUUUACGCCAUGUAA